AUGACACCAGAAGCUGGUAUCAGAAUGGACAUUUCUACUCAGGGGGAAAUGCCAUUUCCACUGGAGCGGGGAAUCAGUCUCUCACCAGGACACGCGACAAUGAUCGGACUGAGGAAGGUAAGAAACUGGACGUUUUGCCAAUCUUAAUUGCGACCAACGUGGCCAGAUUCAGUUGCUUCAAAGUCUUGUUGGGAACUGAGAAAUGCUAACUUGCUGAUAACAUGAUAACACUGCUGGCUAAUCCACAGUCACCUUUUUCUUUUACUCCAGGCCAUUACUUCGGCAGUCCCCCGGUAAUGCCUCUCCUCAUGAUUAAAAAGAUAACUUAUAUUUAUUGCAUUGAAAAGUACUAACGGUCAAUAAUUGGUUCGCCAUACUCUAGGGCCUCAUUAGUCAAUAGUUUGAUUUGCUCAAUGAUGACUUGCUUUAUCAGCAUUUUUUCGCACCAUGUAAAGGAAUGAUCCAGAAUCCGCAAUCCUUGCUUGUGGAAUCCGGAAACCUGAGUUUUUGAAUCGGAAAUACAGCUCAAGGUAUCCGGAAUCUCACUAACGAGUAACGAUUGGAAUCCGGAAUCCAAGAUCCACGGUCCACUGACAAAGAUGACGGUAUGUAGUCGAGUAUCUGUCAUGGAUUCCCUUACAUUAGGCGAAAUGUUUGACAGAGUCUCAGUAAUUUCGUUCCUUUUAUGUCCCGACAAGAGAGAAUAGUCUUUCUCUCUUGGUCCCGACCAUUUUUAUUUGACGUUAAGAUCAUUUAAUUGGACAACACCUUAACGCCACCACCAUACAAUGGUAAGGCGUUGUAGUGCAUAUAUAGACAUGCCCUUCUUUUUUUUAUUUAUUUUAGGAGAGAAUCAUCCGAGAGGAUCCGUUCGAGAGGAGGCGAUGUUUGAAAGACGUUUACAGAGAUGAAUGUAACUUAUACACAAAACACUUUGGGGCAGUAUACUCCGCAACGGUACGAUAAACCCCUAAUAUCACUUCUGACUGCAUAUUUUGAGACUGUUUAUUUGUAAAUCUGAUUUGUAAUCGCAGUAGUCAUGAUGUUAUUGAUUAUUAGCCAUAGUUUAUUAAUAUGAAUAAAUAAAAAGUAAAUAACUAACUCAGUCAUGUUAGCCAUAAUAAAAUAAAACAGGACGCUUGCGAACUCGAAGGACGCUCCCUCCUUCCUCUGGCCAAAACAGGCCAAACUAUCCCAUUUUCUCCACCCGUCAUAGCUUGGCUACUAAGGCUGGUCCGUAGCCUGCGUCGCUUACAGUUUUGUUUGUCGUGCGGGCAAACGAGCGGCGUAGCCGCGAGGAGAACAAAAAGACAAGGAACCGUGUUUUUUUUCUCCUUCUUCUCCUUCUUUCCCUCUUUCGCACGGGCUUUGCGCGCAUUUUCACCGAUUUUUGUUGAUUCUCGCCAAACAAUGCGCCAAGGUGCCAGGUACGCAUGCUAGCCAGUUCACGGUCAGUUUCCAACAUGUUCCUCCAAUAUUUAUAAACUGUAAGUAAGCAACGAAACUUAUAUUUGGAGAUAGCUUAAUAACUUGAGGCUUCACUCAAAUCUAGUAUCAAGUUAUUGGCGGCAUAUUUAGUUAAUCUUUUGAUUUCUAUUUUUAACAACGUGUAAAUACAUGAUUAUUUGUUAGGCUUGCAAAGAAUCUUGCCUAGCGUACAAUCAGCGCCAACAGUGCGGAUGUAUGGAGUAUCGCUUUCCUGGAAAUGACAAACGCAUCUGCAAUGUAUCAGAUUUACAGACUAGUAAGCAGACCAAACCAACCAUUUUUUUCUUAAUACAUGGAUUCAUUUAGCUGCCAUUAAACAGUAAGGCCUCGUUUAUAUACAUUUCCUUACAGAACGUGGCGAACAGUUUACAUGAGAAACAAAAAGUUGGCACGACUAGAAGGGUGAUCCGCUUAGCCGGCUCACCCAUUUNGGUACGAUAAACCCCUAAUAUCACUUCUGACUGCAUAUUUUGAGACUGUUUAUUUGUAAAUCUGAUUUGUAAUCGCAGUAGUCAUGAUGUUAUUGAUUAUUAGCCAUAGUUUAUUAAUAUGAAUAAAUAAAAAGUAAAUAACUAACUCAGUCAUGUUAGCCAUAAUAAAAUAAAACAGGACGCUUGCGAACUCGAAGGACGCUCCCUCCUUCCUCUGGCCAAAACAGGCCAAACUAUCCCAUUUUCUCCACCCGUCAUAGCUUGGCUACUAAGGCUGGUCCGUAGCCUGCGUCGCUUACAGUUUUGUUUGUCGUGCGGGCAAACGAGCGGCGUAGCCGCGAGGAGAACAAAAAGACAAGGAACCGUGUUUUUUUUCUCCUUCUUCUCCUUCUUUCCCUCUUUCGCACGGGCUUUGCGCGCAUUUUCACCGAUUUUUGUUGAUUCUCGCCAAACAAUGCGCCAAGGUGCCAGGUACGCAUGCUAGCCAGUUCACGGUCAGUUUCCAACAUGUUCCUCCAAUAUUUAUAAACUGUAAGUAAGCAACGAAACUUAUAUUUGGAGAUAGCUUAAUAACUUGAGGCUUCACUCAAAUCUAGUAUCAAGUUAUUGGCGGCAUAUUUAGUUAAUCUUUUGAUUUCUAUUUUUAACAACGUGUAAAUACAUGAUUAUUUGUUAGGCUUGCAAAGAAUCUUGCCUAGCGUACAAUCAGCGCCAACAGUGCGGAUGUAUGGAGUAUCGCUUUCCUGGAAAUGACAAACGCAUCUGCAAUGUAUCAGAUUUACAGACUAGUAAGCAGACCAAACCAACCAUUUUUUUCUUAAUACAUGGAUUCAUUUAGCUGCCAUUAAACAGUAAGGCCUCGUUUAUAUACAUUUCCUUACAGAACGUGGCGAACAGUUUACAUGAGAAACAAAAAGUUGGCACGACUAGAAGGGUGAUCCGCUUAGCCGGCUCACCCAUUUUUUGAUUCGGGUAGGGUCACCCUCUUAGCCCGGCCACUUUGGCUCAUCCAGCAGGGUCAACUACUGAUUCGCCCAAUAUAAGGGAAUUCAGAUUCUGGAAUCCCGGAAAGUUUUGCUUGUGGAAUCCGGAGUCCGGAAUUUUUUUUUUUUGUUGAAUCCGGAAUCCUGGGCUUUGGAAUCCUGAAUACAGUUCAAGGAAUCCGGAAUCCACUAACAAUUGCAAUCCGGAAUCCAAGUUCUACUUGAAAUAAUCAGGAGUCCAGAACCUGGAAUCUGGAAUCCAGAAUUUAAGAGUGUGUUGGAUUCCAUGGGGCGACCUGAUUGCUCGGGCAAACUAAAGAGGCACUUGAACUGAGGGUCUUUACUUUGUCUCAUAUAAACGUUCGCUAGUUAGCUUGACCCUUGUACCCCCGACUGGGAAAGGUUUUCUCCAUGAAACGGGUUCUAAUUUUAGUGUCUUUUUUUAUUAACAGCGAGGUGCCUUAGCGCUGUCCAGACGGAGUUCAAGGAAAACAAAUUAAAUUGUACAAAGUCAUGUCCACCACCAUGUAGGUUAGUGAAAAAAUCGUCUUUUAUUCAACUGUGAAAUAAGUUAAACGCAGUGAGAAACCUUUUUCAGUUAUUUUCAAAUAAACGAUAAUUCAGCUUUUGAAAGUCCUGUCUACUGACAGCAAUACUUGUUCUAAACAUUGAGCUGAAUGCCAUUUUGUCCACACAAGGCCUAAGUCUUAUUUGAAUUUGAGGCAAACAAGGACGUGGGGUUUAAUUACUUUUAUAAAUAAAGAUUAUACAGUAUAAAAUAUUUAUAAGCUAUAUUGUGCUUAAUUAUUUAGAAGCGAGCAUUUGCCACGAUUUUUCUUUUUUUUUAGUGAGGAGGGGUUCAAGAGAAGCUCUUCGUUUGCUAUUUGGCCAUCAGAGGAACACGAGGUAAAUGAACAGCUACCUCAUUAAUUAGCUCUGGUACAAAUAAAUCUAGGAUAACAACAUUAGGAUGCAUACAUUUGUGUUUUUACCUCUGUCCUUUUGUUUAACGUUUCACAGCUACUCUACGUUGAAAAAUAUUCACGCACCGAAGAGGGAAAUCUCAGGUAAAGUUUUGUGUCUACAAACAGUUUCCCAUGCAAUUUCUUGUAUUGUGUUUGUCUGACAAAAACCGUAAACAACAACAACAACAAAAAUUAUAUCAGUGACGACAGCAGCAACAACACCAACAACGCUCAGAACACCAGGGACAUACAACAAGCCCAACAAUAGUAGUGCCAAGAAUGGUAGUCUAAAAAUACAUGCGCCUCUCAUCUCUCUCCGACGUGAUGCGAGGCGGCUGUUCUCGCAGGCUACGACAAAGUAUAACUGCAAUAUUUUACGUGCAACAAACAACUCCAACAAACAUGUAAUGCAAAAAACUUAAACAAUAAAAACAACUCAACAUGCCUUGUAAAUGCUAAUCAGCUGUUUUAAUUCUACAGAGAGAAUAUUUGCAAAGUGCAAGUGUUCUACGAAGAGUUGAACUUAGAGGUGAUAACGGAGCAGAGAUCGUACGAGGUACCAAUUAGUCAACUGUGCAGAUCAUCCAUAUAGUUAUUAGAAAUCUUUGACUUUGAGAGGAACGCGAAAGGGACAAGGAGAGGAGUCUCUUUCCUUCUCUCUCGGAUUCCUUCUUCCAUUUUCCACCUUUCCCCUCUCCUUUCGACGCCUACCAAGCAGGUUCUUUUGAUUUCUAUUUUAAACAACGUGUAAAUACAUGAUUAUUUGUCAGGCUUGCAAAGAAUCUUGCCUAGCGUACAAUCAGCGCCAACAAUGCGGAUGUAUGGAGUAUCGCUUUCCUGGAAAUGACAAAGGCAUCUGCAAUGUAUCAGAUUUACAGACUAGUAAGCAGACUUAACCAACCAAUUUUUUUCUUAAUAUAUAAAUUCAUUUAGCUGCCAUUUAACAGUAAGGCCUCGUUUAUAUACAUUUUCUUACAGAACGCGGCGGACUGUUUACAUGAGAAACAAAAAGUUGACACGACUAGAAGUGUGAUCCGUUUAGCCGGCUCACCCUUUUUUUGAUUCGGGUAGGGUCACCCUCUUAGCCCGGCCGCUUUGUCUCAUCCAGCAGGGUCAAAUGAUGAUUCGCCCAAUAUAGGGAAUCCGGAUUCUGGAAUCCAGGAAAAUUUUGCUUGUGGAACCCGGAGUCUGGAAUUUUUUUCGCUGAAUCCGGAAUACAGCUCAAGGAGUCUGGAAUCUACUAACGAUUGCAAUCCGGAAUCCAAGUUCUACUUGAAAUAAUCAGGAGUCCAGAACCUGGAAUCUGGAAUCCACGGCCUGGAAUCCAGAAUUUAAGACUGUGUUGGAUUCCAUGUGGCGAGCUAAUUGCUCGGGCAAACUAAAGAGGCACCUGAACUGAGGGUCUUUAGUUUGUCUCAUAUAAACGUUCGCUAGUUAGCUUGACCCUUGUACCCUCGACUGAGAAAGGUUUUCUCCAUGAAACGGGUUCUAAUUUUAAUGUCUUUUUUAUUAACAGCGAGGUGCCUUAGCGCUGUCCAGACGGAGUUCAAGGAAAACAAAUUAAAUUGUACCAAGUCAUGUCCACCACCAUGUAGGUUAGUGAAAGAAUCGUCUUUUAUUCAACCGGAAAUAAGUUAAACGCAGUGGGAAACCUUUUUCAGUUAUUUUCAAAUAAACGAUAAUUCAUCUUUUGAAAGUCCUGUCUGACUUGUUCUAAACAUUGAGCUGAAUGCCAUUUUGUCCACACACGGCCUAAGCCUUAUUUGAAUUUGAGGCAAACAAGGACUUGGCGUUUAAUUACUUUUAUAAAUAGAGAUUAUACAGUAUUAAAAUAUUUAUAAGCUACAUUGUGCUUAAUUAGAAACGAGCAUUUGCCACGGUGAGGUUCUUUUUUUUAGUGAGGAGGGGUUCAAGAGAAGCUCUUCGUUUGCUAUUUGGCCAUCAGAGGAACACGAGGUAAAUGAACAGCUACCUCAUUAAUUAGCUCUGGUAUAAAGGAUACCAGCAUUAUGGUGCAUACAUUUGUGUUUUUACCUCUGUCCUUCUGUUUAACGUUUCACAGCUACUCUAUGUUGACAAAUAUUCACGCACCGAAGAGGGAAAUCUCAGGUAAGGUUUUGUGUCUACAAACAGGUUCCCAUGCAAUUUCUUGUUGUGUUUGACAAAAACCGUAAACAACAACAACAACAAAAAUUAUAUCAGUGACGAUAGCAGCAACAACUACAACAACGCUCAGACCACCAGGGACAUACAACAAGCCCAACAACAGUAGUGUCAAGAAUGGUAGUCUAAAAAUACAUGUGCCUCUCAUCUCUCUCCGACGUGAUGCGUGGAGCUGUUCUCGCAAGCUACGACAAAGUAUAACUGCUAUAUUUUACAUGCAACAAACAACUCCAACAAACAUGUAAUGUAAAAAAACUUAAACAAUAAAAACAAAUCAACAUGCCUUGUAAAUGCUAAUCAGCUGUUUUAAUUCUACAGAGAGAAUAUUUGCAAAGUGCAAGUGUUCUACGAAGAGUUAAACUUAGAGGUGAUAACGGAGCAGAGAUCGUACGAGGUACCAAUUAGUCAACUGUGCAGAUCAUCCAUAUAGUUAUUAGAAGUCUAUGACUUUGAGAUUUUUUUUUAAAAAAAAGGGAGGAGUGACAGAAAUGAUCCAUUUUUUGAAAGAAGACGACUUUCCAUUUUGUUUCCGGGUAAGAAGACUCGUACCAAGUCGCUAUUUCCUUGUUUUUGGGCUGAUACAUAUAUUAAGAUUGGGGUUAGGUUGUGGCGCGCAGGGAUCUAUGAGUCCACCUCGUCCACGCGAGCUUCAACCUAACCCUAAUCUUCUCUCAACCCCAAAACACGUAAAAUUAAAAGCGACUGGGUACAAGUCUGCUUCCGCAGAAGCAGAAUGAGUAGUCGUUUUCGCGUUUUUCUCAGUACGUAAUGAUAGCCUGCGUGGAAGGCUCAAAAAAGGAGAGGGGAGGGGAGGGGAGGGGAGAAGAAGAGAAUCACGAAACGGACAAGGAGGGGAGUCUCUUUUCUUCUCUCCCCAAUUCCUUCUUUCCUCCUUUCCCCUCCCCUUUCGACGCCUGCCAAGCAGGCCACAGUGACGGCAAAGAACAAGUGGAGGAAAAUGCAAGCGCCGUUAAAAAGCCUCUUCGCAAGGUUUUGAUCAACAUGGUUUCCAAGAGGUCCCUCUCUGCCUGCAGCAACCAUACUUGGGAACGGUUCUGUGAAAAAAAUCAAGACACAAGAGAACCUACAAAAAAGGACCAUUUCUGCAUUCCUCAAAACAAAGAAACCGAGUUGACGCGUGGGUUACACAACACGUUUCUGUGUAUGAAAUAAACCCAAGUCCGGCCUGUCUCGUUUCAUUUUCUUUGCCUUCACUGGAGAGGAAUACCAAAAAGGUCUGUUCAGAUUGAUUCAGCUAUAGUGGAAUGGAACCGUAACUUCACCAACAAAGUCGCACCGUUAGUAAAGAGCUGAUUUUAUAAUUUUAUUUUACUAUUUAACUAAACUUCACCAAUACAAAAAGGAAAAGUUAAGAGGUUAAUAGAAUAAAAGGCCGGACACAACAGCAACCUGCAGCAACUUUCCGUAGCGGCGCUCACUUCAACCAAAAAAGGGCAAAACAAUUAACUUGCAGCAGGCCUUUCAUGUCAUUCCACAAACUAGAUAUUAGCUUUCUUUAUUCAGUUCACUAGCCUGCGAAAACAUUCGUUUCUCCUCGCUCUUCGCCGCUGGGGACGUUUCGCGCGGAGGAACGUCUGCGACUCAGCGACAGAAAUUCCAUACUGAUGACGUAAAAUCUGUCCCGAAUCCAGUCAGAAGCGCUGAUUGGUCGACGCAGUAGUUUCAUUGUUUUAGCUAUUGUCUGCGAAUGACAGACAAAAGACAAAAGGCCACAAAGGUCAAAUGUAAACGCGAAGAAUCUCUAACAAAACAGUCAAUAUUUGUGGAAUAUAGUCUUCUCUAGAAGAAUCAUUUGGGUUUUGCUGGAGCUCGUUGACAGAUGAGCACAACGUUACCAAAAUCGACAAGAAGACACGUAAAAUUAGACAAAUUUAUAUUUGAACCCCAUGACUACCGGAUUUAUUAUGUAAACAUUGAUUUGCGUCAUCAGUAUGGAAUUUCUGUCGCUGAGUCGCAGACGUUCCUCCGCGCGAAACGUCCCCAGCGACGAAGAGCGAGGAGAAACGGAUGUUUUCGCAGGCUAUCAGCUCACCACUGAACCAAAAUUUCAAAACAUUAGAAAACAGAAACAGUGUAACCUCAACUUCCCCGUUUCCAUAAUUCGUUUUGUUGAUUUCACAGAUAGUGGAUUUCGUGUCCGACAUUGGUGGUCAGCUGGGGCUUUGGAUUGGCUUUUCUGUGCUUACUGUGGCUGAGCUCCUGGAACUGUUCGCGUUGCUAUUUCACAUUGCUAUCGAUAAAUUUGAUAAAAGAUGGCGCCAAUACACGGAACAUGAUGAGCAUGAAGAGCGUGUCUAG